GUGGAACCUAAGGCAUGCGUCACCUGCCACAGUUCAACAUCUCACCGCCUGAACCCGCGAUAGGUGAUUCAGAGCACCAGAUAGGUCAGAUAGGUAUCUUACCUGGUAGUCAAUGUGAUACCACUGCCAUCUGAAAACGCAGCCAACAACAGAAAAAAGUCUUUUACCAGAGAACUCGAGGCAGGCCAGCUGGUUCCGGAUGACUUCACCUAGUUCGUUUGACGAGGUUCUUGAACAGGAGAGGUACCCAGACAAGGCGUGCGUGCCAGGCAGACCUGGAGCCCAGACCAUGCCAGCCGUUUGUUCUCUACCGAUGUGUUCCAUAAACACCAAACAGCAGUACGUUAGUCACACCCAGGUGGGCUCUUGCUACCGUCUUCGGCCGCCUUUUCUCCCCCCCACACCUGCAACAAAUAGCCGCCGUCGAGCAUGCCUCUCGCGGUCGGCGAGAAAUGACGACCUUCAAGCCACAGGAGCUGGCCGCCGAUGCGAAGCCGAUCAUUUUGACUGAAGACACGAAGUGCAACGGCGAUGCAGCGUCGUGGCGGCCGUUGUUCCGCCACCCGUGCUCAUUUAACCCAGACAUCUUCAACGACGUCCUGGUGAAUUUGAUUCGGAACCCAAACAUCAACUCGUCCUGGCUGUUCCGUGCGGAUAUUCUUUCGGAUGCUGCCGCGUCGCAGACAUGCUCGGCGCCAACCGGAACAGAGAGCUUGCCCGCCGCCCCGAUCCCUCGUUUUGUCGGCUUCGAGUUGCGACGAUGCAUUAUCCGGAAGCUCAUCCCCAGGAACACGCUGCGGGACAAACCGUUGGACCAGACAUGUCUCAUCUAUGGGACUGCGCCCCACCCCAAGGUUGACGAGGGGUCAGUCGAGAAGACGCUCGUGGUCUACCUCCCGCAUGUCUCGGCGGCAUCCGAGAUGCCCUUCUAUCACCCCAUAGUUCGGGGGAUAGCGUUUCUCCACGAGUGGAACGCCGCAGAGUCCUGCGGGGCCAUCUCCAUCUCGUACCUCUUCUUCAGCGAUGAGGACCGUUCGUCCGUCAGGCUGACGCGCACUGCCUUCCAUUUGCUCGAGGUCGUCCACAAGCACGGCAAGGGCCGCCUGGAGGGCUAUCGGAAGAGAGUGCACCACGACCAGCUGCUUCCUCAAGCGCGGGUGCAAAACACGUACACCCGGCUCAAGCAGAAGUACGCCCGAGGGCUCAUUGAGGGCUGGGUAGAGACAACCGAUCCCGAGAAACAUGUUUUCGAGGACCUCUGCAUUGCGGCGUUCUUGAUUGAGCUGUGGGCUGACAUGUAUGGUCAGGGCACCUUCCCCGGCUUCGUGGACAUUGGGUGCGGCAACGGCCUGCUUGUUCACAUCCUGAACCAGGAGGGCUUCACAGGAUGGGGGUUCGAUGCGCGCUCACGCAAAUCAUGGGCCGCAUACAAUACCAAGCUGAAGACGCCCGCAGGUGAACAGGACACCCUGCGGCAGCUUGUCUUGCUGCCGCCGCCAGUCAGCAGAGACAGGCUUACUGGCGGCGCAUCGGAUCAUGCCUUCAGUGAGGAACUGGUUCACGACGGCCGCUUCCCAAGGGGCACGUUCAUUAUCUCGAACCAUGCCGACGAACUUACGCCCUGGACUCCUAUCAUUGCAGCCGUCUCGGAGUGUCCCUUCAUCGCAAUCCCCUGCUGCAGCCACAAUCUCGCCGGCGAGAGGUUCCGGGCGCCUGCUCCGAAAGACAAGACCAAGGCGGACUCUGCCUACUCAUCCUUGGUGGUGUGGGUGGCCGCCAUCGCUGAGGACUGUGGCUGGGAGGUUGAGCAAGAGAUGCUCCGGAUCCCAAGCACCCGCAAUACGGCAUUGGUGGGUCGCCGGCGAUCUACCCGAAGCUCACCUCUGGACAUCCAGGCCGUCGUGGACCGAUACGGCGGCGCUGCUGGCUACCUGGAGAGUGUGAUCAAGCUGGUCGCAUCCACGGCCGCGAACGAGCAUUGAAAGACGGAACGGGCAAAGCCUCAAACGCUGGCCGGCGGGGCCGCUUAUGAAUUACUUCUUCGCUCAAUCUAAGUCCGGCACCGGCAGAUGGUCCACCAACUUCAGGUUCAAGCCCAGCUUCUGCAGAGCCUCGGUAGCCAGCUGGUCUCUCAACCUCUCCGUCUCCUCCUGCGUCGUGAGCACGAAGUCGUGCUUCAGCAGCCAAAUGCCCUCCUCGACACCGUACUCCUUGGCCGUUUCCUUGUCUACCUUGUCAAGGUCAAUCACGAGGCUCUUUUUCACACCGAACACCGCAUCGGACGUCUCGUAGGGGUCGCCCCUGA